AAGCCCCGAUAAGAUACAAUAAAAUGGAAAAUAAAAACUAAACAGUUUCCUAUCCAGAUUAGGCUGAAUAGCAUGUUUACGGUUGCCUUUCCUGUUUUAAAAAGUCAAACUGUAAACAAACAUGGUUGAAAUGAAACGUCAAAAUCAGUCGGUCGCCGAAUGCGGCGCGGCGUGUCGUCGCUUAGUUUAUAAAUAUUUGAGAAUGGUGCAUUUUCCAGUGCGAAAGUGCUACCAAGCGGCCAAGUUGGUGUUGUUGGUAGUUUUGGUGGUGACAAUCUUGGGUCUGUUCGAGCAGUGGCGAGGUGGCAAGAGGAAUGCGCGAGCGGAGUACUCGGAUCCGUUGGAGGCUGAGUACGAGAGAGAGAUAUUGGAAGACGAGGCGAGGAUCGUGCCCGGGCUGGGCGAGGGCGGCGCCGCCGCGCACCUGCUCGGGGAGGAGAAGAAGCUGGGCGAGGAGUCCGAGAAGAAGCUGGCCAUCAACGUGUACCUGAGCGACCGGAUACCGUACAACAGAACUCUGAGAGACUUCCGCAACCCGGCGUGCAAGCGCGUACUGUACGACGCUGAACUGCCCUCGGCGUCCGUGAUCCUGAUAUUCCACAAUGAACCUUAUUCCGUGGUAGUAAGGACGAUAUGGAGCGUGGUGAACAGCGCGCGCCGCAGCCAGCCGUGGUACAAGCACGCCAACUUCAUCGACCGCCAGACCGGCAGGCUUAUGGCUGCAGGGUACCCGGGGCAGGACCCCACCUCCAAGUUCGUGUACCUGAAGGAGAUCAUCCUGGUGGACGACAACUCCACGCUGCCCGAGCUGAAGGGCAAGCUCAGCCACUACGUGCGCACGCGCCUGCCGCCCGACCUCAUCCGGAUACUGCGCCUGCCGGACCGGGUAGGCUUGACCCAGGCCAGGAUGGCGGGCAGCCGCGUGGCGCGCGGCGACGUGCUGGUGUUCCUGGACUCGCACUGCGAGGCGCUGCAGGACUGGCUGCGGCCGCUGCUGCACCGCAUCAAGGAGGGCCACUUCCACGUCGUCACGCCGCUCAUUGACGUCAUCGAGAAGUCCAACCUCGCGUACGAGCCCGGCGACUGGAGCGAGUUCGAGGUGGGCGGGUUCUCGUUCAUGGGCCACUUCACGUGGACCGACGUGCCCGAGCGGGAGAAGAAGCGGCGCGGCUCCGACAUCGCGCCCACGUGGUCUCCGACGAUGGCGGGCGGUCUGUUCGCCAUCAGCCGCACGUACUUCUGGGAGCUGGGCGCGUACGACGAGCAGAUGGGGGGCUGGGGGGGGGAGAACCUCGAGAUGUCCUUCCGGAUCUGGCAGUGCGGCGGCACCCUGGAGACCAUCCCGUGCUCCCGCGUGGGGCACGUGUUCCGCAGCUUCCACCCGUACGGGAUGCCCGCGCACACCGACACGCACGGCAUCAACACGGCGCGCAUGGCCGAGGUGUGGAUGGACGAGUACGCCGAGCUGUUCUACCUGCACCGCCCCGACCUGCGGAACAACCCAAAGAUCGGCGACGUGACCCAUCGGAAGAUACUCCGCGAGAAGCUGAAGUGCAAGAGCUUCCAGUGGUACCUGGACAACAUCUACAAGGAGAAGUUCGUGCCGGUGCGCGACGUGUACGGGUACGGGCGGUUCCGCAACGCGGCCAGCAACAUGUGCCUGGACACGCUGCAGCGCGAGGCCGACGCCUUCCACCUGGGCUGCUACCCCUGCCACCCCGACCUGCAGGCCACGCAGUACUUCUCCUUCUCGCUCGCCGGCGAGCUGCGCGACGAGUUCAACUGCGCCGUCGUCAAGAUGACCAGAGAGUCGGAGGGCGAGGACGCGUCCCGUCCGGUGGUGAUGACGGCGUGCAAGGCGGGCGAGCGGUCGCAGCGCUGGCGGCGCCUGGCGGGCGGGCGCCUGCAGCACGCCGCCAGCGGGCUGUGCCUGGCCGCGCCGCGCGACAUCGCCGACGUGCGCGCCGCGCCCUGCGCCCCGGCAGACCCCAGCCAGGCCUGGGCCAUCGACUACACCGAGGACAACAACUUCCACGCCAACGACCUCAGGUUCGGCGCGGAGCGGGAGAAGCGGCUCAACAGGCUGCGCGGACAGAGACGUAUCUCCCGGUCGCUACUGUCCUACUCGGACACCAACUCCAACCUGCUGGAGGACGCGCGCCGGGAGGACGGAGGGAACGCCACCAUACGCCGGCACUCACACAAGGGCAAGCACCACAAGCGCCACGGCCGCAAGCGCAGCCGCAGCAAGAAGCGCACGAAGAACAAGUUCAUCCUGAAGAUCGCGCGCACGCUGAUGAACGGCACGGAGGAGCACCUGGAGGUGGACAUCCACUGCAAGCACCGCCAGCUCUUCCCCAACAACACCUUCGUAAGGGACCUCGUCACCAUACUCAACGAGAGGAACGUUAAGGUGAUAAACAACGGGCGCGUGUUCGAGCGCAACAAGGUGACGGAGCUAGAACAACAGGCGCAGAAGGUGCUGAACAAGCUGGACAUCGAGCCCCCCCCCACGCCCGCGCCCCCGCAGCCCCCCGCCCCCAGGCACCAGCCCGGACCCCGCAUCCGGGGGCCCGAGGUGGGUAUGGCUCAGAUGCGGGAAGGGGUGAAGCAACGAAUAAAGAAGACCAAACAGAGCCCGGCCGUGCAGUCCGUGAUCACGCAGGAGCCCGUCAACGACGCGCUCGCGCAGAUAGAGGGGCUGUCCGCGCUGGGGGGGCCGCCCCGCAUCGACCUCCCCCCGCGACACACCCCCCACAAGGCCAAGAAGAUUAUCAUCGAGGACUUCGUCGAGGUGAAGCGACUCACUCCCUCGCCCGCACCACUACAGGGGGAGAAGGGGGGACAGCCGCAGCGCACCCGUAAACGCAAACGCAAGCGCAACCACAGCACGACCGCGUACCCUCCUCCCGCGCCGCCGCCCCCCGCGCCCGCGCCCCCCUCCCCGCCCCCCGCCGUGGUCCCGCUGGUGGCCCCGCACGAGUUGCUCCGCGAGCGCCUGGACGACUCGCACUCCGACUCGCACUCCUCCAGCGACAGAGACAGGGAGGACUCCGCGGAGGACACCACGCAGGGGGACAGCAUGGACCGCUCCGCCGGACUCGAGGACUGGACUAUCGGUGAGUCUCGGUUCCGGCGCAACAACUCGCGCGUGCGGCCGCUGCGCCGCAACGACAUCGACUCGCAGUCCGUGGAGCGCGCCGCGCCCCGCGAGCCGCGCCCCGCGCCGCGCGCCCCCGCGCCCCAGGACCCGCGCCCCCGCGACCCCGACACGGACUACAUGCGGAGGUCCGACACUACGGACGAGCCGCAGUACCAGUCCGCGGCGCCCGUGAAGGUGGUGAUGCGCAGCAACCUCACCUUCAACCUCGGGGACGAGUUCUUCGCCUGGAGGACCCGCGCCACCGACGACCUCGUGAGUGAGUUCCUCGGCGAGCUCGCCAUCCCCCCCACCAACGCCACGAGCGGCGAGGCGAGCACGGCCCGCGCCGACCCCACCAGUGGACAACACUCGGACUCCUCGUCCGACAGCAGCGGCGACUGAGCGUGACGUCACUACACACCGCUACAUGUGAUGACGUCACGCGCGCGACAAUGUCGUGCGACAAGGUUUGUCGUAUAGGUACGUUCGUGUGUUGUGUGUUUUGUUAAUAUUUUCUCUUUACUUCAACUUGCAAUACAAAUUCGUUUUCUUAUGCUCAUGUUAAAGUGAAAUGGUGGCAAUAUCCAUGAAAUAAUAAUAAAAUACACAACGCACGACCUCCCCACCACGGACAGUGUUGCUAUAUAUAGUUUGUCGCCGCGCCAAGCGAGCAAUGCUCGCGUUACAAGUUCAAAUAUACUUAAAUAUAAUUAAUAUCUAAUGUUACUGAUGACAGAAUGCUAUCCGUCCGUCAGUUCCUCUGUCAUUCUUGUGAAUGAAUGUGUUU